AUGGCUUCCAAUCAUCUGGCGCCGCCGGAGAAUGACUUUACUGGGGGCGAGAUUCAGGAAGUGAGUAGCAACAUUUCCAAACCGACUCAACGACAACGAUGGGCGACGCAGCGAGUUCAAGGCGCCGGAGGUGUGCGGAAACGCGUCUCUAUCAUGAAUCGCUUUAACAAGCGCUCGGAGAUGAAGGACGAGAAGCGCAAGUCCACAUCUAGCAAUCUUCCUACCGCAGAGAACCCGAAUGCUGAAGGUGAUGCGGAAGCCGGCAACCGAAGAGUAUACUUUAACAUCCCUAUCCCUGAAUCAGAAAGAGAUGAGGAUGGCCACCCCAAGGCAUAUUACCCCAGGAACAAAAUUCGGACUGCGAAAUAUACACCAUUGACUUUCGUCCCAAAGAAUAUUUGGCUCCAAUUCCAUAACAUUGCUAAUAUCUAUUUCUUGUUCAUCAUUAUCCUUGGUUUCUUCUCAAUUUUCGGUGUCGAUACUCCUGCCCUCAACACGGUUCCCUUGAUCGUUAUCGUGGUAGUUACAGCCAUCAAAGAUGCUAUUGAGGAUUGGCGACGUACGGUAGUUGAUAACGAAGUCAACAAUUCCCCGGUCUACCGCUUGAUCGACUGGAAUAAUGUGAAUUCUGUCGAAGACAACGUCUCUUUGUGGCGUCGGAUCAAGAAAGCUUGCACCCGGGCCACUAUCUGGACAUAUAAAUCGAUCAAGGGCUUGGCUCAGAAGAACAAAAAGCAACAUGAUCCCGAGGAAGAAGCUGAUAGGCGUGCGUCUUUUAUGACCACAGUAACUCCGCGGACAUCCGUGUAUUCUCAACGAGGCGACGGCGGCUUGGCAGACGAAGCCAUCCAAAUGACACCCGUUCCAUCGCCAACUCCCGAGGCGCGUCCGGAUUGGACGCACGCAGUGGACGAACAGAGUCAAUAUCUGCAUCCGGACAAAGCCCGAGACAGUGUUGCGGUGUCCGCUACCCCCCCGAAAAAAGGUGGGAGUGUUGUGGACACCUCCAAGCAGAUAAUUGGAAAGGCCAGGUUUAAGCGCGAUUAUUGGAAGAAUGUCCAAGUGGGAGAUUAUGUUCGACUAUAUAACGGAGAUCCCGUUCCAGCCGAUGUCGUGGUACUGUCAACGUCCGAUCCCGAUGGUGCAUGUUACGUGGAGACGAAGAGCUUGGAUGGCGAAACCAAUCUCAAAGUUCGCCAAGCCCUCAACUGUGGUCGGCAGGUUAGACAUGCUAGAGAUUGCGAGAGGGCGGAGUUUGUGAUCGAUAGCGAGGCACCGCAUCCCAAUUUGUAUGCCUAUAACGGUGCCGUACGCUGGGACCAGCGUGACCCCGACUUCCCCGAGGCACCUCGAAAGGAAAUGAUCGAGCCCAUCACCAUCAACAACAUACUCCUCCGUGGUUGCUCCUUGCGUAACACCGAAUGGGCUCUAGGCGUUGUCCUUUUCACUGGUGACGAGACAAAAAUCAUGCUGAACUCGGGUGUGACACCCAGUAAAAGGGCCCGCCUUGCUAAGGACCUCAACUGGAACGUUAUAUACAACUUCGCUAUCUUGUUCGUCAUGUGUCUCAUUUCUGGUAUCGUCAACGGCGUCGCGUGGUCCUCGACCGACAGGUCUCUCAAUUUUUUCGACUUGAAAGCCUAUGGGAGCACUCCAGCGGUCACGGGUAUCAUCACCUUUUGGGUCGCCCUCAUCUUGUUUCAAAACUUGGUUCCGAUUUCACUCUAUAUUUCUCUCGAAAUCGUUCGCACCAUCCAGGCUGUUUUCAUUCACAGUGACGUCUUCAUGUACUACGAGAAGCUGCAGAUUUACUGCGUGCCGAAGUCUUGGAACAUCUCUGACGAUGUUGGACAAAUUGAGUACAUUUUCUCAGACAAGACGGGCACGCUGACUCAGAAUGUCAUGGAUUUCAAAAAAUGCACUGUAAAUGGGGUUUCAUACGGCGAGGCGUUCACCGAAGCCCAGGUUGGCAUGGUGCGGCGUGAGGGAGGAGAUGCUGAUGCUGUUGCUGCGAGGGAACGGGAAAGAAUUGCUCUAGACACGACCAGGAUGCUUGAAUUAUUGGGAGGACAGUCAGGCGAUGCUCAGAGGAACGCCACGGAACAUUUUAUGCUCGCCCUUGCGGUGUGUCAUACCGUCAUCACCGAGCAUACACCUGGAGAUCCUCCACAGAUCGAGUUCAAAGCACAGUCGCCCGACGAGGCGGCUUUAGUGGGCACAGCUCGAGACUGUGGCUUCACCCUUCUUGGGAGAUCAGGUGACGACCUCGUUUUGAACGUCAUGGGGGAAGAGCGGACAUACACCGUUCUCAACACUCUAGAAUUUAACUCGUCAAGAAAGCGAAUGAGCGCGAUCAUCCGCAUGCCUGACGGUCACAUACGACUCUUCUGCAAGGGUGCAGAUAGCAUCAUAUAUUCACGUUUGGCUCCAGGUAAACAACAGGAACUCCGAAAGAAGACAGCUGAACAUCUUGAAAUGUUCGCUCGUGAAGGUUUGCGGACUCUGUGUGUUGCAGAUCGCGUGCUCAGUGAGGAAGAAUACAGGGCAUGGAGCAAAGAGCACGACAUUGCCGCUGCUGCGCUCACUGACCGUGAAGAAAAGCUCGAGGAAGUCUCUAGUAACAUCGAACAAGAACUCAUGCUUAUCGGGGGAACUGCUAUUGAGGAUAGACUCCAGGAUGGUGUUCCAGAUACCAUUUCCCUCUUGGCGGAUGCUGGUAUUAAGCUGUGGGUUUUGACAGGCGAUAAGGUGGAGACUGCUAUCAACAUUGGGUUCUCGUGCAACCUUUUGGAUAACGAUAUGGAAUUGAUCGUCUUCAACAUCCCAGCCGACGAGUCACACCGUGCAGUGCAAGAACUUGACCAGCAGUUGCAAAGGUUUGGACUGACUGGAUCUGAUGAAGAGCUUCUCGCUGCCCGCCUCGAUCACACACCACCAGCGCCAACGCACGCCGUAGUUAUUGAUGGCGAGACUCUCAAGCUGAUGCUUGAUGAUGAACUGAAGCAGAAGUUCUUGCUAUUGUGUAAACAAUGCAAAUCUGUCCUAUGCUGUCGAGUCAGUCCUGCACAGAAAGCUGCAGUUGUACGCAUGGUUAAGAACGGCCUUGAUAUCAUGGCUCUUUCGAUUGGCGAUGGUGCCAACGAUGUUGCCAUGAUCCAGGAGGCCGAUGUCGGUGUUGGUAUUAUCGGUGAGGAAGGCCGCCAGGCAGCCAUGUCCUCUGACUAUGCUAUUGGUCAAUUCCGGUUUCUUCAGCGGCUUAUCCUUGUCCAUGGAAGAUGGUCUUACCGCCGCAUGGCGGAGACUAUUGCAAACUUCUUCUAUAAGAACUUGGUAUGGACGAUUGCGCUUUUCUGGUAUUCGAUUUACAACGACUUUGAUGGUUCCUACCUCUUUGACUAUACAUAUAUUGUCCUGGUCAACGUGGCGUUCACAUCACUUCCCGUGAUCCUCAUGGGUAUCUUUGACCAGGACGUCGACGACAAGAUAUCUUUGGCUGUUCCCCAGCUGUACAUGAGAGGCAUAGAGCGAAAAGAAUGGUCUCAACUCAAAUUCUGGUUGUACAUGGCUGACGGCCUUUACCAAUCCCUCAUUUGUUUCUUCAUGCCAUAUCUUUUGUAUAGCCCGGCGACCUUCCAAACCUCCAAUGGGCUGGAUAUUGGCGACCGGACUCGUAUGGGUGUCCUUGUUGCGACGAGCGCGGUCAUCGCCAGCAAUACCUACAUCAUGCUGAAUUCGUAUCGGUGGGACUGGCUGACAGCAUUAAUCAAUGUCAUCAGUUCACUCCUGAUCUUCCUUUGGACUGGUAUCUACUCCUCGUUUGACGCUUCGGCUCAGUUCUACAAGUCCGGAGCUCAGGUUUACGGAACCUUGUCUUUCUGGGUUGUACUACUGCUUACCGUCACGAUAUGCCUCCUUCCUCGUUUUACUUUCAAGGCCUUCCAGAAGGUGUUCUUCCCCUUAGAUGUGGACAUCAUUCGGGAGCAGGUCACCCAGGGCAAAUUCAAGUUUUUGGAUCAGUAUGAGGCGUUUGUACCGCCCAAGGCAGCAAGCGCUGCGGCUUCAGGUCAGUUGUUGAGUGAUGAAUCGGCUGCUUCUUCGGACUUGGGAAAACCAAUACAACCCAGUAUGAAACAGGAUCCUUUUUCCGACGAUCAGCAGAUAUACACGCCUUCCGUUGCUCCAACCUCUCGUACCCAUCAGACGCACAACCACCGCAGUCAAAAUGGCAGUAAUGGGACAAAUUAUGCAUCCAGCCUCGAUACGAGUCAACAUUAUCAUACUCAGCCAGUGGACUAUGUCCGCGGCUCGGCUGAACGGACGCGGCAUUCCUUUGAUAGAGUUCGACAUGAUUUCGAAGCGAACAACGAGCUAACGCGAGUGGAGACGGGACUGACAAGUGGUGCUCAAGAGCCUCAAAGUCCUCAUAGUCCACUGAAAGCCCCUUACGAUCCUCCAUCGCAUUCCUCAUAA